AUGAUCUGCCUGCAAACAGAAGAGCAGAAUGAAGAGUCCAAUCUUGUUCUCUCUGGCAAAACUCCUGAUGACUUCAAUAGUGGAGAAUCAGGACUAAAAAUACAGGAGCUGCCAGUACUUAGUAUCUAUGAAAACCAAGCUGUGUCCUUAUACCCAUCCGUAAAAGGAGUACAUUACACAUGGAGAUUGGCUGAAGACCGGCGGCGGAGAGCGUUGUGCUUACCCCAGGCCUGUGGACCCGGCCCGGCGCGGGGAGCGGCCUCCCCUCGCCUCCCCUCCCCCGGCUCGCGGCGCCGGCUGGGUCCCGCCGCCCGCGCUCCACUUCCGGCCGCCGCCGCCGGGGAUGCGGGCGGGAGCCGGGGCCGCCCGCGCGCCUGGGGCGAGGCGGUGCUGGGGGCCGUCCCUCCCCGGCACCGGGCGCUCCUCUCCCGUCACCCUCCCAAGUUUCAACUGGGUAUAUUAUUCACUUUCUGUCCUGACAAGUGCUGUGAAACAGCUGACGUGUUCCUCCUUGCCGUGGGAGCUGCAUAUGUAGAGUGCACUCAGCAGCACCCCCUCACCCUUGCCGCUGACGCCACCAUGGCCACCUGCAGGAGCUCCUCGCUUGGCCCACCACCGACACCGCUGCGGCUGCCUGUGGGAGCUCUCCACUCAGCCCAACCCCACUACCAACACCGCUGCGGCUGCCUGCGGGAGCUCCCUGCUCAGCCUACCACCGCCAUCGACACCACUGCAGCUGCCUGUGGGAGCUCCCUGCCCCCAUUGCCGACACUGAUGCCACCACCUAUGGAAGCUCACUGUCCUGUAUUCUUGAGGUACCUCGAUGGCCACCCUACAUACAGCACCGGCAUCCCAGCUCCCCUGUUUGGCAAGCAGUUCCCCACUCUGCUAUCAUGCACAUUAGGAGCAGCCCAGCUCCCCACCACCAUGCAUGCAUAGCCCAGUCUCCUCCCCCACUGCGUGUGCAACAUGGACACCCCAGCCCCCUCCUGGAGUAUCACCCCACCCACAGGAGUGGGGGCAGGUAGCAGAAGCUAGGUUGCAAAGGGGGAGCUCAAAGACCCCAGCUGCUGCUGCAUCAAAGUCAAGGAGGGGAGCAGUGGCUGGACAGGAGUCUACUGGCAACAUGUUAGCCCAUCAUGAGCCACAUGUCACCUGCAGGCCACCAAUUGGACAGCCCUGACCUAAUUCAUGAAACUCAUCUUACAAUUCUUGCCAAUUUCUCCAACAAGUUCAAAAGAAUAUAUGGAUAUGUAUAUCUGCUUAUCAAACAGCACUUGGCAGGAUAAUUGGUUCAGUAACAAAGCACAUUGGGUUCCUAUUUCCAAUACUAACUUUUUUAAAUAGUUAUCUCUACCUCAAAGUCCUUUAAGUUUCUUUGGUCUAAUUUUCUUCUCUCCCUCAUUUUCAAGGUGUCAUUCCUCAUUUAUACCAUUGCAAGAAGAAAAUAAGAUGUUAUUUGUCUGAUGGCUUAGCAUUUUUUGUUUCCUCCAAAAGGGAGUAUUUUAGUUUUUUAACCCAUUCUGCAUUUACAGAUACCAGUUGCCUGAGGACUUUUGCAUUUUUUUUCUCCGUGCAAAAUGGUUGGUUAGGAAAUAUUGCGAGUACCUUUGAAUAUUGACACUUUACACUCCAGUGUUUUAACAUAGCACUUCUACGAUUUAAUGCAUUUCUGUGGAUAGGUGGCUUGAGUUUAUCCCUGAGCAUUACAUUAAUCAGAAUUUGAGAGAGGCGAAUCCAGAACAUGCAUAAUAAAUGUUUCAGUUUUGCUCGUUUUCUUC